AUGGAAUUUUCUUUUUAUUAUUUCCUUUUACUUUUGUAUUCUGUGGCCGGUAAUGACGAAAAGGAAAAUGAAGAUGAAAUUAAGAGACGGAGACUCAUUGAACACCUUACGAAGACCCGAACUGUGUUACUGGAUGGUUACCAACUCGUCACCAGGCAGAUAGCUACAGAUGUUUUUAUGUACAGAAGUUAUAGAACAGUAUCUGUUUUAGUUUAUCCUGUAAGAGGUGAUAUCUCUGAAGCUCUUUUUACUCUGCAGUCAGAGGAAUUACACUUAAAUAAUAUUGGUUCAUGUAGCCCACAAGAAGUGGUAAUAAAUUUAAAACAUGGGUCCUACCCUGCGGUGAAUCCAGACGGCUACAGCUUUCCUAAGAACUUCAUAGACCCUCAUUCAAGAGAGAGGAUACAUGCAUUGGAAAUGUUAUCUGAUGGCAAGAACAGGACCUACACAAUAUAUAAUCCACAGCCAGGAUACUGGUUUGGGCUAGUUUAUAUUAAAUGGCAGGAUCCAAGAGGGCAAAAAGUCGAGCAAGAAGGUCUGGUAGCUGACUGCCACACUAUUUUAUACACGGAUCUACAAGUGAAAAGGGAACAAAAGAUAGAAAUAAUAGACUGUUAUAGUCCUUUGACCAUCGACUAUCACCAAUUACCAGUUUUAUACAAGUGUAUGGCAAUCGAUAGUACAGAUCCCAUAAGUCUGAAUUUAUCUAUUACAAAUGCAGUAGCGAAUGAGUCGAAAAUUACAUUCCAAGUUCAAGCUUCUUCUAUACCUUCAGAAAAUAGGUAUACAAUUUACUGUGCUUUUGAUCCAAGACUGAAUACUAUACAAAUAAUAAACUUCGAUUCUUCACCUAAUACUUGGCACUAUAUUAAAAUAAACACUGUUCCUGGUAAUAUAUCAAAUAUAGCAGACUGCGAAUCUUACUACCUCAGAGAUUUUGAUGAAUCGGUGAAUCAAACGAUUGUAGAUCUUAUGCGAGACGACAAAGGUCGAUUUUUCACUUACGACUAUGGAUUGCCAACGACUGACUUGCAAGAUGCAACCAGUUUGUUAAAUAUUUCGUCCAAUGAAAUCAAAGCUUUACGAUUCAAAGUGAACGAAUUUAUCGACAUCGGUGGGAAUUUAGCCAUCGAAGCCAGUCUCUUGAUGAGCUUGAAAUAUUAUAUGGGAUAUAGACGAGAGCUCAAGAAGGGGGCGCUACUUGCUUUUACUGAGGACAAUCAAUUUAUCAGAGCAGUUAUUUGUAUGAACAUCGGCCACCCAAGCAUACCUCUUAAGACUGGUAAAUGUAAAUUCAAUGAUAGAAUUACGACGGCUUUAUUUGUUUUGAACAGUACCGACUCGGAGUCGAUUUAUGAAAAGAUCUAUAUUCCUUAUCCAGAGGGUGGAACGUGGUAUUUAACGUUUCGUUUGUUUUGUGAUGAAGUUGUCUGCCCUUGUCCCACAUCGGAUAAUGGAACGAAAUACUAUGUCGCUACUUCAACCUCAGAAGGAGACAGCUCUAUAGAAUCAAGUACGUUUUCAAACAUCACAAGAGAAGGCGAAACAGAGUGCAACGCAACAAUCGUGUUAUCAAUAUCAUCUACAUCUUGCGUCAAUGGGAGAUGCAGUAACCAUGGCAACUGUGGCUUAAAUACUUUCGGAGGAUUGGUGAUGUCGUAUUGCUCCUGUUCAUCUGGAUAUGGAAGUUGGGAUUGCUCAGACGAUUCAAGAAUGGACAGUAAAGCGUACAUGCUAGUUUCCAUCCUACUUCUGACACUCAGCAAUUUUCUCUUUCUCUUCUCCAUAUAUGUUGCAAGCAUCCGCUACUAUUAUACAGAAGCUAUGAUGUAUGCGUUUACGAUGGUCUUCUCCAGUUUCUACCACGCAUGCGAUGCUCCCGCCCAAGUCGCCUAUUGCAUAAUCAGAGGCAACAUUUUACAGUUUGGAGAUUUUUACUGUGGUUUAAUGUCUUUCUGGGUAACCCUUCUCGCGAUGAGUAUAAUUGGUGAUAAAUUGAGAUCCACCCUUCAGCUAACUGGAGCGAUCGUCAUAGCCCUCCUGACUACCUGGAAUAUGCAUUCGUUUGUGUCGUUCUUAUUGCCAGUUGCCGUCGGUGUUGCCAUACUUUUAGCAUCGUGGUACAUAGACUAUAGCAAAAGUCGUUAUAUGCGAUACCCGAAGUCGUACUAUACAAGACAUUUGCCGUUAGGUAUCGUUUUAGUUUCAGUCGGUUUAAUCUGUUACGCUUUUUUGCAGACGGAACAGAAUUACAAAAUUGUUCAUUCUAUAUGGCAUAUGAUAAUAGCACUAAGUGUUGCUUUCUUGUUGCCAGAUGUGAAAAGAAAUGAUGUUAAUGCAUUCGUCCCAAGCCCAGGUUAUUGUUGGAGACCGAUUUGUAACAUGUUUAAGAGAACAAAUAACCAAUAA